CCGGACUAUGAUUCAAUAUCCUAUAUAAUCAAUCUCUUGCAUUAUCCAUCUUUGCUAUAUACAAAGUUCACAGUCGAUAAAUAUAUAUAUAUAUAUAUACACACACACACACACACACAAGUUCACAGCCAAUUUACAUAAAGUGAUGGAGAAGAUUUGUUUCCUUUUCUCUGUUUUAGUGUUGUUCAACUGUUCCACGAUCGGCUUGGCUAAGACCAGAACUAGCUUGGCCACUGAUCAAUCUGCUCUCCUUUCCUUUAAAGCACACAUCACUUUUGACCCUGAAAAUGUAUUGGCCAAUAACUGGUUCACCACUAAACCAGUUUGCAAUUGGAUUGGUGUCACCUGUGGUCUCCUCCACCAGAGGGUCACAGCCUUAAGUCUCUCUAACAUGGGCCUCACAGGCACCAUCACUCCACAUCUUGGAAACCUCUCAUUCCUUACCUCAUUCGACAUUAGUUACAACAAUUUCCAUGGCUAUAUACCCAAAGAGUUGGCUCAUCUGCAUCGACUGAAAGAAAUCAAUUUCAACCACAACAACUUCAGCGGCGAGGUACCAUCUUGGUUUGGGAUCUUACCGGAACUUCGACACUUGCUCUUGCAUAAUAAUAGUUUCACAGGUACCAUCCCACUGUCGAUAUGCAACAUUUCGACGUUACAAACGUUGAAUAUCAGCUACAAUUCUCUGCAUGGGAAAAUUCCACAAGAGAUUGGCAAUCUUUCCAACUUGAAAUUGUUAGGGUUGGGAGUUAAUGAGCUCACAGGCUCCAUACCAUCCGUCAUCUUUAAUUUGUCUUCGUUGCAAAAAAUUGAUCUCGGACAUAAUGGCCUCUUUGAUACUCUCCCAGUAGAUAUGUGCAGUCAUCCAACCAAACUAGAAGAACUCCGUCUUCCUUAUAAUCAGCUUCACGGAAAAAUUCAAUCCAAUUUAUAUAAAUGCAGGGAGCUUCAAUAUCUAUCAUUGGCUGUCAACGACUUUAGUGGCGCCAUACCUGGAGAAAUUGGCAAACUCACUAUGCUCAAGGAGUUGUAUCUUGGUUGGAACAGUUUUGCAGGUGUAAUUCCAUCAGAACUGGGUAAUCUUACCCGUUUGGAACAGUUGAGCUUACAAAAUGGCUCUCUAACUGGACCCAUUCCAUCUUCUAUCUUCAACAAUUCAUCUUUGAGAUUUAUUGAUUUGUCAAACAAUGGCCUAUCUGGAAGCCUCCAACUGAACAUCCGUUACCAUUCCCCAGUUCUUGAAUCCCUAAUUCUUACUCACAAUCAGCUAAGUGGUCAAAUUCCGUCCGACUUGUGGAAAUGCAAAGGGCUUCAAAGUUUGUCAUUGGCAUUCAAUAGUUUCACCGGUGGCAUAUCUAAGAAUAUUGGGAACCUUACUUCGCUCCAAUAUCUAUGGCUCUCUGGCAACAACUUCACAGGUACAUUGCCUGAUGAGAUUGGUAACCUUAAUCUGGAGGUAAUCCUUGCCAACAAAAACAGCCUAAAUGGCCCCAUUCCUUUCAAAAUGUUCAAUGUGUCAACAGUGACAUUCAUUGACCUGGGAGAUAAUGAAUUCUCAGGCUAUCUUCCUUCCAACAUGGGGCUUUUGCUUCCCAAUCUUGAAGUACUUUAUUUGGCCAGCAAUAAAAUAGGGGGAAUGAUCCCCAGUUCCAUCUCUAAUGCUUCUAAGCUUGCUGACCUGGACAUGGGCAUCAACUCAUUCAUUGGCUCUAUACCCAACACACUUGGCAAUUUAAGACUACUGCAGUCUCUCCUACUUUCGGAAAACAAUUUUACCAGGGAAUCUUCUACUCCGGAAUUAGGAUUCUUUUCUUCUCUAACAAGUUGCCAGAAUUUACAGAUGUUAGACUUGUCAUUAAAUCCGCUAAAUGGCAUACUCCCAAGUUCUUUGGGGAAUUUGUCUACAUUUCUUCAGGUAUUUGCAGCAUUUGAAUGCAAAAUCAAGGGCAACAUCCCCAGUGGAAUUGGCAACUUAAGUAACUUGCAGGUCAUAAACUUGCAAAGCAACGAGUUAAGUGGAGUAAUCCCAAGAACACUCAAAAGGUUAGAAAACCUUGACCGUUUGUAUCUUCAGCAAAAUAAACUGCAGGGACAUAUCCCAGAAGAGCUUUGCCAGUUAAGAAAGUUGGGAGACUUAUUUGUAAGUGAUAAUAAUCUCUAUGGACCUAUACCUCCAUGCUUGGGUGAGCUUAAAUCUCUAAGAAGGGUCUUCCUUAACUCCAACAAAUUGAAUUCCACAAUUCCAUUAAACUUAUGGAGCCUUGAAGAUCUGUUAGGUCUAAACCUAUCUUCAAACUAUCUGAGAGGUUAUAUACCAUUAGAUAUAGGAAAAUUGAAGGUCAUAAUAGAAUUAGACUUGUCAUGGAAUCAGUUAUCAGGUGGCAUCCCAAACACCAUUGGAGGCGCUCAAUCUUUAGUUUCUCUCUCCUUGGCUCACAAUAAAUUUCAAGGUCCCAUUCCUCAAUCACUGGGAAACUUGAUAAGCUUGGAAUUCUUGGAUCUAUCAAAAAACAAUUUGUCUGGAGCGAUUCCCAAGUCCUUAGAAACCCUCAGGUAUCUCCGGUAUUUGAAUGUGUCUUUCAAUAAAUUGGGAGGAGAAAUUCCUACUGGUGGACAUUUCCCGAAUUUCACAGCUCAAUCAUUUUUGCAUAAUGAUGCACUUUGUGGUGAAUCCCACCUGCAAGUCCCACCAUGCAAAACCAACACUCACCGACAAUCAAAGUCGAAAAAUGUGCCGCUGUUGAAAUAUAUUCUACCCCCUAUUGCAUUAGCAGUUGCUGUUGUGGCCCUCAUAUUUGUGACGAUAGGAAGUCAAAAGCAAAAGGGUAAAUUACAGAUUCAGGCUGAUUUAUCACCUCUUGAAUGGAGAAGGGUUUCAUAUCAGGAACUUGUACGAGCAACAGAAGCAUUUAGUGAAACCAAUCUAAUCGGCAGGGGGGGCUUUGGUUCAGUAUAUAAAGGAAGACUUUCAGAUGGAAUUGAUAUUGCAGUAAAGGUUUUCAAUUUGCAAUUAGAAGGAGCUCUCAAGAGUUUCGACGUUGAAUGUGAAGUAAUGCGCAACAUCCGCCAUCGAAAUCUUAUUAAAAUAAUCAGCAGUUGCACUAACAUAGAUUUCAAAGCCUUGGUACUAGAGUACAUGCCUAAUGGGAGUCUCGAGAAAUGGCUAUAUUCACACAACUAUUGCUUGGAUAUCCUACAACGGUUAAACAUAAUGACAGAUGUUGCGACAGCGUUGGAGUAUCUACAUCAUGGUCAUACAACACCCAUUGUUCAUUGUGAUUUGAAACCCAGCAAUGUUUUGCUUGAUGAGGAUAUGAUUGCACAUGUUGGUGAUUUCGGAAUUUCUAAACUCUUAGGUGAAGGGGAUUUUAUGGCCCAAACCAUGACCUUGGCAACAGUAGGGUAUAUGGCACCAGAAUAUGGAAAUGGAGGAAUAAUAUCUACAAGAGGCGAUGUCUAUAGUUACGGUAUCAUGUUGAUGGAAACAUUCACAAGGAAGAAGCCGACUGAUGAAAUUUUUGCUGGAGAGAUGAACUUGAAGCUUUGGGUGAAUGACGCAUUAAAGGAUAGUUCGUUAAUUGCAGUUGCAGACACAAAUUUGAUGGGAAGAAAAGAUGAACAUUUAUCAGAGAAGGAGCAAUGUGUAUCAGCUAUCUUGGGUUUGGCGAUGGAAUGUUCAAAGGAUUCACCCGAGGAGAGGAUCGACAUGAAUGAAGCAUCGGUUAGACUCAAGAAAAUUAAAGCUUCCUUUCUAGCAAAUAUUGGAAGGGCUUGAAAGAAAAUUCUAUCAAGAUUAAGACGUCUAAUUUUAUUGGUAUUUUGUACCUCUCACAUAUUCUUAAUCUCCAAACUUUUUAUAUCGAAAAGGAAUUAUUUUUCUUAAAACAA